CCAAAAUCACCGCUUGUUCUCUCUAUAAAAGGAGAAGAUUUCCCCAUGAAUUGAUCUUAUCUAGGGUUUUUUGGGUGUCUACUCAAGGGUCUCUACAGGGAAGGCUCAUUUAGGUUUCCACCAUUUUAGAGGUUCAGAGAACUUUCAUGAGGAUUUUGCUUUCUUUUUAAGUGUUUCACCAUUUUUAAAAGAUUCCAGGAGAAAGGAACUUCAUUAUGCUUACAAGCGAAGAAAAAGAACUACAAAAUGGGUUUGAUCAAGAAUGAAAUAUUGAAGCUUUGACAAGCAAUGGAACACCUUUUCUGUCGAUCACCAUUAACUCCGUUAAGAAUGGGUUCGAGGAUUUGCAAGAACAAAUGGUGUGGUACGACAGCGUCGUUUGAAUGGAAGAAGGGAUGGACUAUAAAAUCCGGUGCAGUUGUCGACCUUUGCUACAAAUGCGGUUCCGCUUAUGAGAAUUUAGUUUUCUGUGAAACCUUCCACCAAGAGGAAGACGGUUGGAGGCAAUGCAGUUUAUGCCACAAGCGUAUUCAUUGUGGAUGCAUUGUUUCAAACUAUCAAUUUGAGGCCCUUGAUUAUGGUGGUGUAAGGUGUUCUAGCUGUUUAAAGAGCCCUCAAUGUCAUCCGAUGCAGAAUGAUGAAACUCCCAAUGAAUUUGGUACAUCAACUGCAAAUAGCAUCAACAAUUUGCAACACCCUUGUGUUGAAAAUAGAAUGAAUUGCAAUAUUGUUGGCAAGGAUAAUUUUAUGCAAUUGGGAAAAACUAUGGAGGCCGAUGAGCUCAACCACUUGCUUCAAUCUCAGAAAGGUGAUGCAAAUGUAUCUCUUGGACAAAUCAAACAAGAUGAUAGCAUGCAUGCAGUUAGAGAAGUUAACACUAUCUUUCCAACCACAUCUCUACCAUCCAUUGGACCAUCUGAAUUUGCCAAAUCAGACAAUAGUAUACCGAUGUUAAUGGGUAAAGAUGUGUAUGAAUCAUUGGUUCAACCAUCAUUGAAUAUCAGCUUGAGUUCCUCUUCAGGGCCUCCAAAUUUUUUGUUACCUUUUCCUGGUAAUGCUGUUGAAGGAAUGGAACACAGCAAAUCAGCUUUCACUUUUCAACAAGGGCAAAGGACACGGCAUAUACUGCCCAAACCUCCAAAUUCUAGCCUCUCGAUAGGUUCAGAGGCAAAUAAAAGCAUGGUUCCUGAGAUUCGCAUUGCAAGGCCACCUGCUGAGGGGAGGGGACGGAAUCAGUUACUUCCUCGAUACUGGCCAAGGAUUACCGACCAGGAACUGCAGCAAUUAUCUGGAGAUUUGAAUUCCACCAUUGUGCCAUUAUUCGAGAAGGUUCUGAGUGCUAGUGAUGCUGGUCGAAUUGGUCGUUUGGUCCUCCCAAAAGCAUGUGCUGAAGCAUAUUUUCCUCCUAUUUCUCAAUCAGAAGGCCUUCCAUUGAGGGUUCAGGAUGCAAAGGGGACAGAGUGGACAUUUCAAUUCAGAUUUUGGCCCAAUAAUAACAGCCGGAUGUAUGUUUUAGAAGGGGUAACCCCUUGCAUACAGUCCAUGCAAUUACGAGCUGGUGAUACUGUUAUAUUUAGUCGGAUAGAUCCUGGAAACAAACUUGUCAUUGGAUGUCGAAAGGCAUCAAAUUGUGUUGAUGUGCAGGAUGCCCAAACAUCAGCCCUGUCUAAUGGCACUAUUUAUGGAGGAUCUUCUUUUUCUAGUGUCACUGAAAACCUGUCUACAUGUGCAGGCAAGAUGAAUGAGGAUUCUCCACAGCAAUCGCUGCUGAUUCCAGAGAAGAAGAGGACUCGAAAUAUUGGGUCCAAAAAUAAGAGGUUGCUCAUGCAUAGUGAAGAUGCCCUGGAGUUGAAAAUAACAUGGCAGGAAACACAGGACAUACUUCGCCCACCUCCAAGUGUUGAGCCAAACAUUGUCACUAUUGAAGGCUAUGAAAUUGAGGAAUAUACUGAACCUCCGGUUUUUGGAAAAAGGAGUAUAUUCACAGCCCGACCAUCUGGGGGGCAGGAUCAAUGGGGUCAGUGUGAUAAUUGCUCCAAAUGGCGAAAGUUGCCCAUAGAUGUUUUUCUCCCUCUCAAGUGGACAUGUGCAGACAACAUUUGGGAUUUGAGCAGGUGUUCAUGUUCUGCACCAGAUGAGUGGAAUCCAAAGGAAUCAGAAAGUCUUUCCAGACUUGGAAAGGAUUACAAGAGGCAAAAAUCCAUGGAGAGCCAUAAAUUAGCCCAAGAAGGUGAGCCUACUGGCUUAGAUGCUCUGGCCAAUGCUGCAGUUCUAGAAGAAAAUGGAGGUGACUCUGGUGAGCCAUCAGCUGAAGCCACCACCAGACACCCUCGGCACCGCCCUGGCUGCUCGUGUAUUGUAUGUAUUCAGCCCCCAAGUGGAAAGGGCAAGCACAAGUCCACAUGCAUAUGCAAUGUGUGCAUGACUGUGAAGCGCCGAUUCAGAACCCUAAUGCUGCGCAAAAAGAAACGCCAAUCAGAGCAUGAAGCAGAAUCUUCACAGAUUAAGCACCAGAUUCACCCCAUCAAUGAAUCAGAAAUAAGCGGCAUGGUAAGAAAUGUGUCAUUGCAGAGAAACCAUUCAGACGGUGAAAACAACCAGAGCAAAAUCCAAGAAGAGGUAGUCGCUGAAACUGGUACAGGACAAAUAGACUUGAACUGCCGUCCUGACAAUGAAGAAGACCUGCUUCCAGGUGUAACAGGAGUGAGCAUGACAAGCCUUGUUCAAGCAGCAAGCCAUCCAUUGGAUUUCUACUUGAAGCAGACUGGGCUCACAAGUUUGAUAUCUGACCAACCGAUGAGCUCAAACUCCCGUCCCCUCCCCCAGGUUACUGGAGGGGAAGAUGGACACCUAACUGAUGAACGGUCCCUUUCACCUCUAAUCUGGGAGCAUGGGAGUGGAGCUGGUGAAGGCUACCACAAACCUGAUUUGGACUGAAAAUCACCCGUCUCCGUGGCCUCUACUUUUCUCCUUCCUGAACAUUUUAAAUUUAUUUGUGGUCAUGUUCCUUUCUGUAGAGGAAGGUUUUUGUUUGUGAUACAUUGUUUAAUUGAAUGUUCUCCUGUUUGUUUCUUGUCAUGCAUAUCUCCUUCUCUCUCUGUGAAUAUUUUUCUAGUUUUUAUACAUUUGAAUUGACCAGACGGGCUAAACAAAGAGCAGAGCUUGGUUGGUUUCCUAGUGAA